AUGGCCCAGGUAUACAGGAAUACAUAUUACGAUAUCUUGCUUGGCAGGCGGCCGGCAGUUGUGACCUGGAUUUGCUGCACGCUAGAGUCCUUUCCGAAAGCCUUUGAUACGAUGGCUGUCCCUGCCGCUUCUGCCGCUUCUGCUGCCAGCCGCCAGCUAAACAUGAUAGCACGAGAAUGCCCGACACAGCAUGGCACAAAACACCACGUGCUUCGCACGACGGUGCAGACGUCGAUUCCGGCACGCAGCAUAAGCGCGGCACCGGAGAUGUCCAAGCAGCGCAACUUACGAAAAAAGGCUCUGUCAGAGGAGCCCGAGAGCGGCCCAGAUGGCGAGGGCGAGGUGGAAUACCAGAGCGCCCGGCCAGCCGCGGCCAGCCGGGACAAGAUGACCGAGACCCGGCUCAUGCAGCAGCUUCGGAAGAGGGCAGCAGGUGCCAGUGCUGGGGCAUUGGCCAUGGGGCUGGCGGGGCCAGGGAUAGGGCCCAACAGCGGCGGUGGCGGGGGUGGGGUCCGUGCUGGCUCAACAGAGCCCCAGUCCGCAGCAGAUGAAGGACCUUCCGAUGCCGGGGGCACGGCGCCCGUCAUGGAUACCUACGUCAAGGCCAAGUCCAUAGCGACGCAGCAGGACGAGGAUGCGCACAUGCAAAAGUACAUAGAGGAGCAGUUGGCGGUGCGACUGGGGAAGACGGCCGCGCAAGUGUCCGAAGAUGAGGAGCUGGACCCGGAAGCAAAGAAGAGAAAGAUUGAGGCGGAGCUGUACGCUGUGCCUGCCGACUUCAAGAAUACUCUGGAGCAGGAGGUUGUGCUGCCCGGUCUAGUGUCCACUCUAUCGGAGGUGCCGCUGUCUGCCCGGGACAAGUUGGCCAGCAUCGAGGCAACGGAGGCGCUCAAGCGGAAGCUGCUGGCGAAAGUGGGCGGGAGCACGCUGAUCCUGGAAGAGGAGGAGGAGGCCCGAGUCCAUGACGCAGCACGCAUCCGCCGGGGCCAGUUCGUGAAGCAGUUUGGUCCGGUCCCCCCUAAGCGGCAUCUCACCCCAGAGCAGAUGGAGGCGGAGGCGCGGAAACGCAAGGUCAUCAGCGACCGGCAUCCCUGGGUACCCUCGGCCUCCCGGAACAAAGGAGCUGCAGUAGCAGCGGGAAGAGAUGCCGCUUACAUCAGUAGAGAUGCGACAUCCCCGCGUGUCAAGGCAAUCAAUGAGAAAAGGGGAGAUGAGCAAUGGGCUGGACUGGGGCAAGAUCCGUCCGACGCCACGAGCACCCCGGACCCGCCACGGCAAUGGGUCUUCACCUCUACAGAGCACAUCCCCCGGGCAGUGGAAUACAGGACAACGGCCCCAGGAACUGCCUUCGCCGCAAGGACUGCCAUAGUCUUCACCUCUGCCACCGGGGGACCUUCCUUUUGCAACACCACCGUGUCGCUGCCGUACGUAUGUUUGCAAGUUGUUCGCCGUACGCACGUGCCAGCAGUGGCAGCUCUCGAAGGCGCUUACCUUCGGUACUUCCAGCGCCAGCAGCAGCAGCAGCAGCCCCAGCAAGACCGCGGUGUGUCCUCAUCUUGCAGACCCAGGUUCAUGUGGCAGAUGACGAGGUGCAAGCAAGGAGGACGCGUGUGUUCGGACACGUCAGCGUGUGACGUGUCUAUUGCCGUGCCACGGCGUGCAACUAUGCCACGACGGUACGACACCUAG